CUGGAAAAAAUGUCGUGUCCGGUCUGGGGGGAAGGAAGAUGGCGGCUUCUGGUGGAAUAGGUUUGCAGUUGCGGUUUUAAAAUGGCUAAAAGCAGUUGAUGUUGCAUUCUAAUGGACGAUUUAGUGUAAUAAAAAACAUGCCCGUAAAUGCAAAAAGGAGGCUUUAACGUGAGACAGCAUUUCACCGGACUAAAGGUUUAUUCCUGGAUUCCGUUCUUCCAGCGUGGCCUUGCUCAUAACUAUCAACCUCUCGAUCCUACUGUGGUUUAUACAUUACCUGGCCCAUGGACUUGACUCCAGCAUCAGGAUUUAAAAGGAGGCCUGCUGCGUCCUCUUCCCCAGUUGGUGUUAGAGAGAUUGCCAGGAGCCCUCCUCUCUGCUCACCUUCCUUGUCCCUGUCAUCUCCUUCAUCUGAUCCAUCUUCACCCUUGUCAGUAUCUUCCUCUGUCUGUGCCAACUCAUCAGUUUUUCUGAACCAUGUAAAAGGUCAGACCCAGGGGACAGAGGUGGCCAGGGUGUCCUCCACUUCAGCCUCUCAAGCAGCACAGUCUCUUGCCACACCUAUACUGAACACCACCUUGUCAGAUUCCUUCCCUCAAACUUCAGUGCAACCAGGUGUUCAUUGUGAAGAGGGCAGAAAAAGAGACAUGUAUGAUCCUUUUCAUUCAACAAAGGGAGUGAAGAGGGAGCAGGGGGAAGGUGAAAAAUAUGACCCAUUUGACCCCACUGGUUCUCCAGUAUCAGAUGGUGAUGACAGGAUUGGUAAAAUGAGGGGGGUGAACAGAAAUGCUGAAGGAGUAGAUGAGGAGGAUAAAGAGAAAGAACCUCCAGAUUCUACUGACAUCUUGACUGAUCUGCCAAGCCCCUGUUUGGCUACCCAGCUUCCUCUGAGGAGGAGGGUGGACUGUAGCAAAGCUGGAGAGCAAAGUGUAGAUAGUGCUGACUCUGAUCAUUCUGAAAUAGAGGAAGGGGAGAUAGUUGGGGCUGCUGAUAGAGAUGGAAGCAGUAAGAGACCAGCUGAAAAAAUCCUUCCCCAUAAUUGCCCCACUGUCUCCUUUUUUGUUUCAAAGCCAAAGCGUAUUCUCCGGGUGCUGGAUGGUGAUGGCUUUGUGUCUGUGCAUACAGAGGACAACUGGAAGGUGGACAAAGAGCCUGAGGAUGAACCUGUGGUGGGAGUGGAGGAUCUAAGAAGAAAGCUGGUCAGCAGGCGGAAGGAAAGAUAUCUCUCCUUUCCUGUUUCUUCCCCCAUUUCUCCUCAGCCACUGCCUCCUCCCUCCCUUCCUCCAGUUUCAACAGCUUCUCAGAUGCCUUCAACAUCUCCUGUAGAGCAAGGCAGUAAGAAUCACAAGUCCUCCAAGUAUCCCAAGGACCACGAUCGACAGAAAAGCAAGGAUAGAAAGGCUGGGGAGAAGGAGGAGAGAAGGAAAAAGAGAAGAAAGGACAAAGAGGGAGGUCGGGAGAGGAGCAAAGAAAAGGAUAGAAAGAAUAAAGAGGUUAAAGCCACCAGGAGCUGCAGGAGCAGUAGCCGUAAGGCAAAAAAAAGACGUCACAGCAGCCCAGAGGCCUCACGAUUGGGCAGCUCCUCAGGAAGAGGAAACCACACUAGAAAUUCCUUUUCAAGUCUAUCUGAAGAAAGACAGAGAGAGAGGGGAAGAGAGAAAGACAGAGACAGGGACAGAAUUAGAGAUAAAGAUAGAAAUAGAGGAAGAGAGAGCGAUAGGGAGAGAAAACAAAAUCAUACCAGUACUCAUAGAAGAGAUGAAAGAGAUCGAGAUUCUAGCUCUCAAAAGAAGGAGAGGGAAAGGAAGGGAAGACCACAUUCAAGCAGCAGAGAGCGUGGCAUUUCAAAGAGGUCCAAAAGAAGCAGAGAAAAGAGGGAAAGUGAUAGAGACUGUCAGCGUGAGAGAGAUCGACGGCGGGAUGGCCGCCCUGUUGUCCCUCCAUCCAUCCAAGACCUCAAUGGUUCUGACCUCUUUGCCAUCAAACGAACCAUUACAGUCACCACAACCACAACCACCACCACUGUACCCGGUUCCCCAAGACUCGCCCCGACCUCCCCUUGUCACCCUACGCAGGAAUCAGAAAAGCCCCACAAGAGGAAAAAGAAGAGAAAAUGGCACUCAGAUAGAGAGGUAGAGAAUCAAGGAAUUUGUCACAGCCGGUCACAGUCACUCUCAACCCCACAGUAUCACAGCUACGAGUCAGACCACUAUUCAGAUAAACUGGAGAUUGACCUGUUGUCUUUGGAUGGUGAAGCUUUGGAUUCAGACUACCCAUCUUUGGAGGAUACACCCCCUGCUGCCCUGCCUCCAGAGCCACCUGCCCCCAGCCCCAAAGCUAAAACUAUCCCCAAGACUGUACGACAUCAUCUGAAAAAGAAAUCUCACACAUUAAAGAAAACUGGCCAAUCUAAAUCAUCCACCUCCUCUUCAAGUAGAACUAAAACUAAAUGCAUGUCCUCAAUGACAGUCACUUCAGGCUCUGCGCCCAUGUCAUCAGGCCUGUCCUCAGCAAAGCGAGCCAGGAAGAUGGCAAAGGACAAAGGCCGGGACAAAGGCAGCAGAAAGGAUUUGGCUCGCUCUGGCAAGUCCAAGAAAGAGAGCGGUGGCAGUCGGAAAGGAAAGCUGCAGUCCAAAGUGUCUGUGCUGGUGCGAGAGGGAGUGACAAGCACCACGGGGGCUUCGGUUGCCUCUGGAAAGCUGGGCAUGGACCUCCUAGGUCCAGGAGGUACAGGAGGAGGUGCUGGGGGCUCUGUGGUGGGUGGUUCAAUUGCAGUAGUCUUCUGCAGAGACAAUGAGAGCAGGUCUCCAUUUCUCAAACCUUGCUCAGAGCCGCUGUCUCUAAGCAGCCACUGUAAAGAUUUGGCUAGUGUGGGAAAGCGAAGCAGCCUAACCAUACCACCAACCUCCUUAACCAGUCCCACGGGCCUAAAAUCCAAAAAAUCAAAGCCAGGCUCCAUCACAUCCACCUCCUCUUCUGCCUCCUCUCCCUCAUCGUCUCUGGCAACCAAGCGCCGCCGUCGCCUGACCAAGAAGACAAGAGAAAAAGGUGGACCUGCAGGGUUGACAGAUGGAGAUGGCAACAAAACAAAAGCCACAUCUGAGGGCUGGGGGGGAACCUCCUUAGAUGCUCAGUCAGUCGUUGGAGAUACGAGCAAGUCAGUCAGUCCACAUGCUGGUCAAACUGGCCCAGCAGCCUGUUCUUCUUCUUCUUCCUCCUCCUCAUCCUCCUCCACCAGUGUGCUUCCACCCUCUUCCUCGCCACCCCACACACCUCCACCCUCUUCAGCUCCUUUGCGGGAUACCAGAGAGUCUUCACCCGAUUCUCAGACUGUGGAUAGCAGCUGUAAAACUCCAGAACCUUCUUUCUUAACUGAGGACUGUCCAACUCAGACCAACACCACACUCCCAGCAAGCAGUCCGUCCAGUUUAUCCACCUCCCAGGGAGCUGGCCUCAACAUCACCUUGUCUGCAUCCACUGCCAAGCCCGCUCCUCCAGAUGAUGUAGCCAAAUCACUGGCCCCGCCUCCUUGCUCGUCCUCUUCAGCAGCCUGUGGGCUCACUUCCCUCUCUGUGCCUCUGUCUUCGUCAGACCCCUCCUCCUCUUCUGUGUCCUCCUCAUCUGCUAGUAAGCCACCACCCCCUCCUCCAGCAUCAACCGCCCUCCCCUGGAGUCUGCAGACCGGGGUGGACUGCACUACAGGAGGAGUUCUAGCAUUGACUGCUCUACUCUUCAAAAUGGAGGAGGCCAAUAUUGCCAGCAGAGCAAAAGCACAAGAGUUCAUUCAGGCAACCAGCCAGAUCCUUUCACAGGCUAAUCAGAACCAGCCCCAACACCACGCUCCUCCUUCCUCAGCCGCCUCCGCCUCCUCCUCUCAGAUCCAUCUCCCUCCCACUGUUGCUCCACCUCCUAGUUUGAGCCCAGCCCAGUUCAUACUCCACAGCUCCCUCCCAUUGGUUGGCUGCACCAAAACUCCACCCUCUCUCCUGCACUCCUCUAUAGGUGGUGGUUGUGCACAGACCCCACCCUCCAUUAUGCCUGCGGUGCUGUCAGGAGUGACUGGGAGCUCUUGUGACACUGGUUGGGAGAGUGAGAGCAAAGACCCUGAUAAGUACCUGAAGAAGCUACAUACCCAGGAGCGAGCAGUAGAGGAGGUGAAGCUUGCCAUCAAACCCUACUAUCAGCGCAAAGACAUCAACAAGGACGAAUACAAAGACAUCCUCAGGAAAGCUGUACAUAAGAUAUGCCACAGCCGCACUGGGGAAAUCAACCCUGUUAAAGUCAGCAACCUUGUAAAGCUGUACGUCCAGCGGUACAAAUACUUCCGGAAACAUGGGCGCAAAAUGGACGAGGAAGAGAGGGAUGACAGGGACCCAGGAGCGCUGCAUUCCUCUGCAUGAUAGGACACUAUUGAAAUGGUCGCCCACACCAUUCUGCUUGUCUAAUAUUUUUAUUGUUUUCAUAGCCCACCUUGUCUAUGAUCUUACGGAAGGCUCUACCCUUAUCUCUGUGAUCUCACUGUAAAUAUAUCUUACAUAGAACAUGUAUCAUGUACACAGUCUUCAGAAAGUGGGUGCUAUCGUGCACACCUGUGUGAUCUAAUAUAGUCCAGUACACCAGCCCUGCAAUAAAAUGAUACCUCUGUGAAACAUUUUGAAA